AGCAGCUCUCAGCUGUUCUACGGAGACUUUGUGUCUCUGAGCUGUGAGGAGGACGACAGCUCUGCUGGAUGGACUCUGAGGAGAAACACAACCUUUGAAACCAGGACUCAGUGUGGAGCUGGGUGGGGAAAACCAGCUGGCUCGUCCUGUAACAUCAGCUACAUUGACCCGCUGGACAGCGGGGUUUACUGGUGUGAGUCCAGAGAGAAAGCAACAAGCAAGAGCAUCCACCUGACAGUCAGUGGUGGAUCAGUGAUCCUGCAGAGUCCUGUCCUCCCUGUGAUGGAGGGAGAUGACGUCACUCUGCUCUGUAAAACAAAGACCACUCCCUCCAACCUCCCAGCUGCUUUCUAUAAAGAUGGCUCCCUCAUCAGGAAGCAGCCUACAGGUCACAUGACCAUCCAGCAUGUUUCCAGGUCUGAUGAAGGCCUCUACAAGUGUGACAUCAGCGGUCAUGGAGAGUCUCCAUCCAGCUGGAUCACUGUCACAGGUGAACUUAAAAUAACUACAUCUGCUCCUGCCUCACCUCUUUCACCUGAGCCCACCUCCCCCAAACUUGUGUUCAUACUGAUAUGGUACCUCAUGGUGUUCUGUCCGUACUUCAUCUCCACUCUCCUCUUGGUUUCUUUAUAUCGACACAGAACCACAGGUCAGAUGCUAAAGUCUCAUGCCCAGCCUAAGCAUGGAUUUGACAACAAUUAUGAUGAUGGCAUCCAUGCUGUCACCACAGAGCAUCACUUUUGAUCUUCUGCACUAAAAUGUGGUUCUAAAAAGAGACUUGACCUUUAGAUAGAGCUAAAGAUCAAGUCUCUUUUUAGAGUCACAUUUUAGUCCAGCUAAGGGUUACUAGAGCCUAUCCCAGCUGCCACAGAGUGAGAGGUGGAGUACAACCUGAACAGUUUGCCAACCUUUUGCAGGGCUAACAAUGAGAAACAGACAACCAUUUACAAAUGGAAUUUAGAAUAAAUAGUUAACCUAACCCCACUAACUGCAUGUCUUUGGACUGUGGGAGGAGCG